ACGUCAAUUUUCCACGCCGGGAAGAAGCUACCUUGCGGAGUUUUCUCGGCGCGGAUUUUCUUCUGUGUGUCCCGACACUAUGAAGGAAACGCCGCUCUCCAACUGCGAGCGCCGCUUCCUUCUCCGGGCCAUCGAGGAGAAGAAGCGGCUGGAUGGCAGACAAACCUAUGAUUACAGGAACAUCAGGAUCUCAUUCGGAACAGAUUAUGGAUGCUGUAUUGUAGAACUUGGGAAAACAAGAGUUCUUGGGCAGGUUUCCUGUGAACUUGUUUCUCCAAAACUCAAUAGGGCAACAGAAGGUAUUCUGUUUUUUAACCUUGAACUUUCUCAGAUGGCUGCUCCAGCUUUUGAACCUGGCAGGCAGUCAGAUCUCUUGGUGAAGCUAAAUCGACUCUUGGAAAGGUGUCUAAGAAAUUCAAAGUGUAUAGACACUGAAUCUCUCUGUGUUGUUGCUGGUGAAAAGGUUUGGCAGAUACGUGUAGACCUCCACUUAUUAAAUCAUGAUGGAAAUAUUAUUGAUGCUGCCAGCAUAGCUGCAAUCGUAGCCUUGUGUCACUUCCGAAGACCCGAUGUCUCUGUCCAAGGAGAGGAAGUAACGCUGUAUACUCCAGAAGAGCGCGACCCUGUGCCCUUGAGCAUCCACCACAUGCCCAUCUGUGUCAGUUUUGCUUUCUUCCAGCAAGGAACAUAUUUAUUGGUGGACCCCAAUGAGCGAGAAGAACGAGUAAUGGAUGGCUUGCUGGUGAUCGCCAUGAAUAAGCAUCGAGAAAUUUGUACUAUUCAGUCUAGUGGUGGGAUAAUGCUGCUCAAAGACCAGGUUUUGAGAUGCAGUAAAAUAGCUGGUGUGAAAGUAGCAGAAAUUACAGAGCUAAUACAGAAAGCUUUGGACAAUGACCAGAGAGUUAGGAAAGAAGGUGGAAAGUUUGGCUUUGCAGAGUCGAUAGCAAACCAAAGGAUCACAGCAUUUAAAAUGGAGAAGGCCUCUGUUGACACCUCCAACAUAGAGGAGAAAGCAGAAGAAAUUAUUGCUGAAGCCGAACCUCCUCCAGAAGUUGUUUCUGAACCUGUGCUGUGGACUCCUGGAACUGCCCAGAUUGGAGAUGGAAUAGGAAACUCCUGGGGUGACCUAGAGGAUUCUGAGAAGGAAGAGGAGGAGGAAGGGGGCAUUGAUGAAUCUGUCAUUCUUGAUGAUACAAAGAUGGACACUGGAGGAGUUCCUGAUACUGGAAGCCAAGGUGCCCCUAUAGUGUUGUCAGAUAGUGAAGAAGAAGAAAUGAUCAUUUUGGAACCAGAUAAGAAUCCAAAGAAAAUCAGAGCUCAGACCACCAGUGCAAGAGAAAAGGCACCAAGUAAAAGUCAAGGGAAAAGGAGGAGGAAGAAGAGAACUGCUAAUUAAAGCUAAAAUGGACUACUACCACUGCUAGCAGCAGGCAAUUAUCCAAGAUUCUUGAAGCAGAGCUUUCAAAUGCAAGCUUCCAGCUAAGCUUUCUGCCCAACCCAAAGCAACAUUAAUAUGUGGUGGUAUUGUGUUCCCCAAAAUAUUGUGCACCCUAAUAAACUAAUCUGGGAUCAGAGACAGAACAGCCACUAGAUACCAAGGCUAGAAAAUAGUGGCACUCACACCUUUAAUCCUAGUAUUCCAGAGGUAGAAAUCCCUCUGGAUCUCUGUGAGUUCAAGGCCACAUUGGAAACAGGCAGGCAUGGUGACACACGCCUUUAAUCCCAAGAAGUGAACCUUUAAUCCCAGGGAGUGAUGGCAAAAACAAAAAGAUAUAUAAGGCGUGAAGACCAGAAACUAGAAGCAUUUGGCUGGUUAAGCUUUCUGGCUUUCAAGCAGCAGUUCAGCUGAGAUUCAUUCUGGAUGAGGACUCAGAGGCUUCCAGUCUGAGGAAACAGGAUCAGCUGAGGAACUGGCGAGGCAAGGUGAGGUGGCUGUGGCCUAUUCUGUCUCUCUGAUCUUCCAGCGUUCACCC